UGUUCAAGCAUGGAUGUAUUAUAAACAAGAACACGCACACCGUUUUGAGAUUGAACGUACCUCAGAGUUGUGGAGUGGUCGCUGACCGCCCCCCAUCUCAGACACUUUUUGGAGACCCGAAGUAGUCCGUUGCUGAGUGUCAGACGGUGAAGGGAGUAGAAAGUAGGAUAGGUGUGUGUCCUAUAUACCUGCUCAAUAUGUUUAAAGUUGCUUCCUCUCUAAGAGGCCGCUGUGCAGUUUUAAAAGGACAGUCCUGCUCUCGCCCCGGUUCUGUCAAAUUCCACUUGGCAAAUGGUGCAUUAUGUCAGAAAUCCGCCUUCAGACACCCUCCCACAGACAUCCCAGAGAUGCCCCCAUGCAAUUUCAAACCAGAGGAAUACACGGGUAUGUCCAAAGAGCGGAUGAUGGAGAUCCGCAGGAAGAACUGCAACCCCAUGAUCAUGAAGGUUACCUCCUAUAAGAAACCAGCGUUCAUCCACCAGGGACACAUGCAGUGGCUGUGGGAUGUGGAUGGGAAGCGAUAUCUGGAUCUGUUUGCUGGUGUGGCUACUGUUAGUGUAGGCCACUGCCACCCGAAGGUGACAGCAGCCGCAGAGCAGCAGUUAAAGAGACUGUGGCAUACUACAAACAUCUACGUCCAUCCUCCUCUCCAUGAGUAUUGUGAGAAACUAGCCUCCUACUUACCGGAUCCUCUUAAGGUGGUAUAUCUGACCAACAGCGGCUCAGAGGCCAAUGACCUGGCUAUGUUGAUGGCUCGACUUUACACAGGCAACUUCGACAUCAUCACUUUCAGAGGAUCAUACCACGGUGGCAGCCCACAGACCAUGGGUCUUACUUCUAACGCAGCAUAUAAAUACCCCAUUGCCAAUGGUUUAGGCUGCACAAAUACCAUGUGUCCUGAUGUGUUCAGAGGUCCGUGGGGAGGAAGCCACUGCAGGGACUCUCCUGUGCAGACCAUCAGAGAAUGUAGCUGUGCCCAAGGAUAUUGCAUGGCAAAUGACCAAUACAUUGGGCAGCUCAAAGAGACAUUUGCUACUAGUGUCCCAAGUCGAAUUGCUGCUUUCUUUGGAGAGCCUAUUCAGGGAGUCGGAGGAGCUGUGCAGUACCCUAAAAACUACCUCAAAGAGGCCUACAAACUCGUGAGAGAGAGAGGAGGCGUCUGCAUUGCUGAUGAGGUCCAGACUGGAUUUGGGCGAACAGGAAGCCACUUCUGGGGUUUCCAAGGUCAUGAUGUCAUUCCUGAUAUGGUUACUAUGGCAAAGGGCAUAGGUAAUGGAUUCCCAAUGGGAGCUGUUGUUACCACACCAGAAAUCGCGGCCUCAUUUGCCAAGGGCGUUCACUUCAACACCUUUGGAGGAAAUCCUGUGGCUUGUGCCGUUGCUUCAUCAGUGCUAGAUACUAUCAAAGAAGAUGGCGCGCAGCAGAUCAGUCUCAAUGUGGGCACCUAUCUGAUGACAGAACUGGCAAAACUCAGAGACAAGUAUGAGAUAAUCGGUGACGUGCGUGGAAAAGGCCUACAGAUCGGUGUGGAAAUGGUCAAAGACAAGGCCAGCAGAGAGCCGCUGCCUCCUGAGGCAAUGAGUGAGAUCUUUGAGGACAUAAAGGACAUGGGAGUCCUGAUAGGGAAAGGAGGAGUCUAUGGACAGACCUUCCGCGUCAAACCCCCGAUGUGCAUCACGAUGGAAGAUGCAGAUUUCUUCCUGGCAAUUUUUAACAAGUCCAUCCACAACUACAUGGAAAGAAGAUGAAAGACAAAUAAAGGUCAGCUGGAUUGCUCCACCAAUGACCAAAACUGGAACCCCUCUCAGCAGUGGAUUGCAUUUUGUAUAUCCUUUUAAAUGACAGUAUCAAUCAUUUUGACCUUCUGAGGAAGACUACCUCUGUUAUUGCCUUUGCAUAGCACUUGUAAAAGGGAACUUGUUUAACUACGUUGUAAUUUGAAGACUUGAAUCACUUAACAUACCUCACUCAUUUUAAUGAGAAAAGAAUUGUGUACAGGGCCUUUCUAACAACUUGAAGUUCAUUAAUGCUUGGAUGUAACGUAUGAUUGUAAUUUCUGAACACAUGCUUUGUUGCUAAAUUAUAGAUGUGAAUGUAAUAAUAAUAAAUCUGUGAGCUUGAGGAACA